AGUUCAUAAAUUUUCUUCGUUCGGUUGAGAUAUCGUCGAAUUUUCAGAAAAUGUAAACUCGUUCAGAAAAUUAUUAUCAGUGAUUUUAGUGAUUGUUUAAUGGGCAAAAAUUAUAAAACAACAAUGGGAGUAGUGUUGCCUCCUUUGGAAUUUACUGAGUGCCUCAGUGAUAGUCCUUACUUUAGAGAAAAUCUUCAUAAACAUGAGAGAGAACUCGAGAAGACAAACCAACAGAUCAAGAGGAUCAUUAAGGAAGUAAAGGAUCUUUUGGCAGCGGCAAAACAGCUCGGGAAUGCCCAAAGGUCGUUCGCCAAUUGUUUAAACGGUUUUACUUUCGAAUGUAUCGGAGGCACACAAACUGACGACGAACAAACUAUAUGUUCGUCACUGAAGAAUUUCAGCGAACUCAUCGUGCAAGUCGAAGAAGAAAGAAACAGGAUGCUUGAAAAUGCAAAUACGUCAGUCUUGAAGCAGUUGGAAGAAUUCAGGAAAAAAUACAUAGGUGGUGUUAAGAACGAGAAAAAGAAGUUCGAUAAACAAACUGCUAAGUUUUGUCAGAAUCAGGAAAGAUAUUUGAAUAAAACUACAAAGAAUCCGAAUACACUUCAAGAGGCGGAUGCCUCAGUGGAUAUGGCCGAACGGCAUUUCUACACGGCCAGUAUGGACUAUGUUUAUCUAAUCCAACAAGUGCACGAACGAAAAAAGUUUGAGUUUGUGGAGUCGCUGCUCACAUUUGUCUAUGCCUGGUUCACGUUCUACCAUCAGGGGCACGAGAUCAAAAAGGAUUUCGAGCCGUUUAUGAGGGACUUGCAGUCGAAAAUCCAGAAGACGCGGAGCAAUUUUGACGAUUUCACCGAGAAACUGAAAAAACGAAUGUCCGAAGUUCAAAAACAAGAGGAACCGCUGAGAAAUUCGAAAGGAUGUAAAGAAGGAUACUUGUUCUUGUUAGAGAAAAAGGCUUUUGGUACUACGUGGACAAAACACUACUGCAAAUAUGACAAAGAAACUAAAGAGUUUACCAUGCUUCCCUACAACCAGCUUACGACCAAAUCAUUGCCUCAACCAGAAAAGAUGGUAAUAACAUCGUGCGUAAGAAGAAAGUCAGAUUCAAUAGACAAGCGGUUUUGUUUUGAUAUCCAAGCAGACAGCAAACCUGGCAUCACUUACACAUUUCAAGCGUUAUCAGAUAAUGAUAGGAACGCAUGGAUGGACAUAAUGGAUGGCAAGGAACCUACUUAUACUGCGUAUUUAAACAAACCGGCUAUUUCAACGGAAGAGAAUUACGUUCUGGAUGAGACUGGACUGCAAUAUAUUAGAAAGUGUAUAGAAGUUUUAGAAAAGAGAGGUUUAGAGGAACAAGGUAUAUACAGGGUUGUGGGUGUUACAUCAAAAGUAAACAAGCUCUUAGCUAUGGGAUUAGACAGAAGAAAACAAGAAAAAUUAUUGUUGGACGAUCCGCAAGAAUGGGAAACGAAAACAAUUACCAGUGCUCUCAAAACGUAUUUGCGUAAUCUGCCAGAACCGCUUAUGUCGUUCAAAUAUCAUAAUGAUUUUAUCAAUGCUGUCAAAAAAGAAUCAAGACAAAAUCGAGUACACGAAGUUCAUAAACUUCUUUACAAAAUACCUAAAACUAACUUUGAUGUUUUGAAGAUUCUAAUCAAGCAUCUAACAAAUGUGGUGAGUAAAAGCGACAAGAAUUUGAUGAGCGUCAGCAACUUAGGAGUUUGCUUCGGACCAACCCUGCUCCGUCCAGAAGAAGAAACAGUGGCCUCAAUUAUGGAUCUAAAAUUUUACAAUAUCGUCGUUGAGAUUCUUAUUGAACAUUACGAUAAACUGUUUUUUACCGAACCAGAUCACACGAGAUUACCUCAGGGCAACAAUAUACCGAAUGGGCCUCCGAAGUACGGCCAUCUAACACCAAACAAUCAUUUGCCUACUUUUAAUUCGGAUAAUAAUGAUUUAGUAACGUCCAACAGGGUUUAUAUUCAUCAACCUACAAAUUCUUACAGACAGACAUCGGGAUAUCAACUGCCGUAUGUUAAUGCAAUGGCUUUAUAUGGAGAAUCACCAAUCUCUUCCAGUAUAUACAGUACUAACGAGCCAUUAUCUGAUCCAAUUUAUUCGAUGUCCAGGAGUGAUUAUAGGCCUUCUAACCACCAAAGAUUCAAACACGUAAUACCAACUACAAACUCCCAGUCGGAGUCCAAUAUUCCCCAAACAUUUUCCAGUUUACAUAGCCCUACGAAUUUUAGGCAUAAUCACUUAGGAGACUCAAAUAGUACGAGUAGUUCAAAUGACUCGUUGUCUUCCACAUCCAGAGAUGGCACUUUACUCAUUUCAUCUACCAGUCAGACACCGAAAAAGACGGAAAGGUCCAGUGCGAGGCUUGGUUAUCCAGUGUACAAGUCGCCAGGAAAUGUGACUCAGCUUUCCAAGCAAGCUGGAUUUCUGAAUAUCACCUCGCCUGGACCAAAAAGCCCUACAUUCAGUAGAGUUCGGCGAGUUAGGACACUCUACGCAUGUCUUGGAGAACAUGAUGGAGAAUUAUCAUUCGAACCAAAUCAGAUCAUUACCAAUGUAAAAUCUUCUCAAGAACCGGGUUGGUUAGAAGGAACGCUGAAUGGCAAGACCGGUCUCAUACCGGAGAACUACGUCGAAGUACUCCCUUGACAAAGCGGUUCUCUGUCCAAAAUAUCGACUUCCUUGAGACACGGUUUUUGCAGAGCUCUCCAUUUGAGCAAUACGCCCUGCGAAAUGCCUGCGCCAGGGGACACAAGAAGACUUACCAUGCACAGACCCAGUUUGGAUGGUGCGCUUGUCAAACAGAACAGCGUAGAAAGAAAAAGUUCGACAUAAGAGAUAAUAUCCAGAAAAAUAUAUUGGUUUUACAUUUUACAAUACCAGGUGCAUCUCAAAAGUGGCUCACCCGUAUAACUUUUUUGCUUUUUCAGAUAGAAAAACGGAAUUUGGUGUGUUAAUGUAUAACAUAAAUUAGGAUUGACUGAUGUAUUCAAUUGUUUUUGAUCACAUCCUGUUUCACCGGAAAUUACUACAACUUUUGAUUUUUAAAUGGCACCCUCGA